CCCCUCGUCGUCGUCGUCGUCUUCUCCGUUCUUCACACCCCCUCGUCUCCUACACGCCCCCUUUUGCAUUCGUACCCCUGCCCCUUGGCUUGCCCUAGUCCCCCCUCCCUUACCAUGACUUCCCUGUCGCCAAAAGCUUGGCCUUUGCCGGGGGGUGCGACUGCUAGUGUGGGCUUGCGCGUGUUGUAUCAGGAUAUAUAUGGUACAGGUGCUGCUCCAGCCCAGUCAGAUGCCUCUGGACUCCAUACCUGGCACGUCUCGCAAGCCUGCCACAAGCAGCUCUCACCAACUCCAACAUCCCGUUCACCUUCACCAUCUCCACCCUUUCGAAGCUUGACGUGCGACUCAAUGCGCCUCAACCCAUCUCUUUGUCGAGUUGUGAAUAAGCUUCUGUCAUCACCCGUCACCGCCUGCGAAACACCUUCAUCCUAUCGUCGAGGAGCUCGUCGUCGCCCUUACCUACCGAGAACCUGA